AUGUCUGCCGCAAACAGGAACAACCAAGAAUCCUACGAGACAACCAAGGAGCGCAUCAAGUUCCACAUGCUCUCCAUAGUGCUGGAAGACAUCCUGGUCGUGGCCCCUGAGCACGUCGACACCCCAGACAAAGUGUCCCGAGCCUAUCACACGGCAAGGGAGGAAGCGGUGCACGGCUACUACGAGCACCUCUGCCUCGGCAACCCCCGCCCCGAGGUCCUGGUGGAGGCUGUCGUGGAGUGGGCGACGGCGAUCCAGCUGUGGAUGAAGUUUGUGGGAAGGAACGUCGAGAUGUGUCCUGCGCUUGUGUUCAGAGCGGAGUGUGAGGAGCAUUUGACGAGACCGUCGGAAGCUUGGCUGCAGUACGUGGCGGGAAGGAGGGAGUAG